ACAACAAUACUUCGCCACAAAGAUUGUCAGUUGAUCAAGUAAUUUAUAAAGAAUUCACGUUUGGAAUAUGUGCCGGCGUGCCAUCUGCUGCCAGAUUGGGAAACGUAAUGUUCACUUAUGGAUCUCUUCUGGGACUUGCUGAACGCUACAACGGCACCGUCAUCCUAAGUUCCGGACACUAUGAUUACCUGGCUCGAAUAUUUAACUUGAGUAAAUUUUAUUUCGUCGACGACAACGCCUGCCUAAACAAAGACAUCUUUAGUAUCUGGGAACGAUGGCCCAGCAGAUUUGAUGCUAACGUUCAGAACAAAUUGUCACAAUUUUUAAAAGAUUUGCAAAACAACGUGACGAUAAAAUUGAUAACAACGGAAUCUCAAAAAAAUAAAAUGUUUAAAAUUAAUUUUGACAAAAAUUAUCAUUAUCCAAUAGUGAAAAUUUUCCAUUUCUUGCAAUCAUGGCGAUAUUUUGAAAACACGGAAUUAAGAUCAGUUUUCAGAUUUCAAACUUGGAUUGACUCGAGCGUUCAAAUUAUUUUGCAGCAAAGGACGAAAGAGAUUUUACUGGAAAAACGUUUUCCAACAUUCCUAUCUACAUUUUCCAGCAACUUAACUACCUCUUCCGAGAAUUCUUUUAAGUCACAUUUCAUUAGUUUUGAAAAAAGAAAGUUUAUACAUCUAACAGAUAAAAAAAUUAUUGAAGUAGUUUAUAUCGGCGUUCAUAUUAGAAGACGUGACAUGACAAAUCCUAACGAAAUCAGAAGGGGUUAUUUAAGCGCACCAAAGGAAUAUAUCGACAGAGCCAUUCAACUUUUUGAAUCAGAGUUUUUGAAGUGGGGUAAUGAUGAAUUCAAAAAACUUACUGACAGAAAUAAUUGGGUAGACAAAACUCUAGUAUUUAUCGUCUCGAGUGAUGAUGUCCAGUGGGCCAGCCAAAAUGUGAAAUCAAGUUAUCCUAUAAUAUACACUCACGAAUUGCGAUCUCGCACUUUCAACUUGACUUCAACUGAAGAAAUCAACCUGAUGAAAAAGUUUGCUUCCCAGAAGUUGUCCAUGGGCGUCAACAUGUUUGACACUGCUGUCGACCUUGCCAUCCUCAGUGCCUGCCAGCACGUCAUCAUGACUGUCGGCACGUUUGGGUGGUGGGCUGGCUUCCUAUCUGGAGGGACUGUCGUUUAUUACAAGAACUAUCCAUCGCCCAACACGGAAAUCGGAUCAGGAUUUUUAGCAGAAGAUUAUUACCCUCCAAACUGGAUUUCAAUGACCUGACCUGACGAUUCUCCAAUUUUUUGCUAUUUUUGUUAUAUUUUAAGUUGCAGUUAUUAUAUUUUGAAGUUUCCUGUUUUUAUGUAAUUUUUUGUUUAUGUUUCGUUUGUAUGCAUAGGCUAUUUCGUUUGCGUUUUUAUGCUAGAAAAAUUGAUUUACGACUAAGUACAAUUAUUUAAAUUCAUUUGAAAUAACUGGCUGCUGCAAAAGGAAGUUUUGAAUUUUUUACUGGUGGUUUUAGAGGAUUUAACGAUUUGGUUGAUCUCUGGUGCUCUCAACUGUACAGUUUCAAUAAUAUUGCGUUUAAUAAUUUAUUUUUUUCAAUUCAUGAAUAAAUAAAUACCUUUCCUCCAACAAAUAUUUCUAUUUGUGAAAACCAACAAACGACAUGUAUUGGCUCUUCUUUAUAUACUAUUGAUGUCAUCAUUAUCAUUACAGAUCAAUUAUUUGGCGCCAAUUAUAUACAAUCUCAAAGGCACUUUCAUGAAAUAAAACAAAAUAUUAUUCUG